AUGGAUGCUACGAAGUUGCAACGACUGGGUAGGAUUUGCUACCUGGAUCAAGACGGUCUUAUUCACCGAAAGCCAAGCGACCCCGAUGAGACCGAGAGGGACCAGAUUACUGGAGUAUUAUAUCUUGGUGAGUCCGAUUAUUCGGAUCGUAUGGUUCGACUACUAUCUGCGAUUUACCACUACAUAUACGGUCACCUCGGUAUUCCUCGAGUUUAUGGUAAGAUUAAGAUGAAGUAUUCGAGGAAGGGUCUGAAGCGGUUGGUCGUGGGUGCGGAUUUGGCUGGUCCUUACGGACGAAGGCAAGGCACGCAAGGAGACGAUGAUGAAGAACACUACUUGUUGUUGGUGCAUGAUCACGUCUCUGGCUUUACUUGUGCAAGGCCAUUGAGGGAUUCCAAGCCCAAGACUAUCGCUAAGGUGUUCCACUCUGUGUUCUGUGAACAUGGAGCGCCCAGAGUCCUUAUCACUGAUAGGGAUAGGGUACAUCUUAUGCGUAAGGAUAUUAAGGUGGUUCUUGCGAAGCACGGUGUACGAUAUUAUACUCUACCCGGUUAUGCUCAAUUCCUGAGCUUUUGGGAAAGAGCUCACAAGGACUUUGUCGAAGUGACGAGAGCGUUGAGAGUAUCUAUGGAUCGUUCUACCGAAGCCUCGUAUAUUGAGGACUACCAGCUAGCUGUUAGAGCAUAUAACAUCACCCCAAGAAUGUGGGCGAAUGUAAGCCCAACGGAACUCCAUUUUACUUACGGUAUACGGGUUCCUGGUGACCGUGGUGACACAGACGGUGAUAUUGAUUGGGACGAGUUGAGGGUGAAGUAUUUCGAUACGGAUCUCUUAAGCUUUGUCAAGGAUAGCGUGCCACUGUUGGAAAGCGCUAAGGAGGAGUUUACGGUUACCUUGAGGGAGUACUUGGAGCUAUGGCGCAUGCGUCAAGAGAGAAAUCUUGAGCGUAUGGCUAUGACUGAAGAUCGUAGGUAUGAACCUAAGUUAUUCGACUUAGUGUUUACCUCCAAGUGCCCGGCUAAUCGUAUUGGUCACCAUCUUGAUGUUAUAUGGUCUGGUCCUUCGACUAUCACUUCACUCAACGGUACUGCAAUGGUUGGUAUAACCCCCGGUAUUAUUCUAGAAGGUGUUGGAGGGGUAGUUGUGAGUGAAGAUGGAAAGAGUCUAGAAGUGCCAGAAGGUUACGGUCCUUCGGAGGUAUACCCACUUAAGAACAUCAAGCAUGCUCCGGCAUUGCAAGGUGUCAUUUAUGGAUAUCUUCAAGAAGGAAAAAGAGUCUUUCUGGAUUCACAGGGAGCUAUUAAGGAUAUGACCCUAAGGCCUGGAACGGAGAUUGACGACUUACGUUUACUUCAACGUGCCAGGAAGAAGAUAGAUUUGGAGAAGAUAGUUCGGGAAUCCGGACGGGUCCGAGGCGAAUUUGGGUCAGAACCGUUACUCCCUCCUGGUAUUUGUCCUUCUGAUGAAGAGACACAACAGCUUGAGGAUAGAGUGCUACCACCAGAGAGCUUCAUUAUGGGUGACUCGGAGGAAGGUGUACCUUCUGAGGAUGAGGAUCCAGAUGAGGAAGAUAUGGUGGAUCUUUCAAGGCUUCGAGAACAACUUGGUGUUGGUGAUGGUUAUGAAUUUGGAAGGUUCAUGAAGAAAGCACCCCUAAAUGGUUCGGUUGUGGUUGUGGUGGACCAUUCCUACAACGGGUUAGCCACUGUUCUCGAGGGUGAUGAGGGAACUGAAGAUGGAUCUAUGUUGGUCCAGCCUAUGAGGGUUGAACUUCUCGGUGGAUGCUUAGAACUUGCUAAGGCCACUGAUAAGGACAUCCUUACGGUACAGCUUGAUAAUAUGGUCUACGUUAGCCCAUGUUGCCAUAAAUGGACACGCAAAAGAAGUCGAGACCUAUUGAAGCUACUACACGAUGUCCAGGUUCCCCGUUGCUAA